UACACUGAAGAGUUAAUGGAGGAUUUUCUUUAAUCAUGUUUUCAGACGAAGCUUCGGACUCAGUGACGGUUGCGUCUGUUUGGAGGAAACAACACGAGAGUCAGCGACACACGACAGGAAGUCAGACCUCAGCCGUGCUCAGGUGUGAGGCGGAGGUCCAGAGCGGGUCCAGGACCAGCAGCUCCACUCAGACAGAACCAGAGCCGCUCCUCACCCAGCUGGACCCGGAGGCCGCAGACCCCCCCGGCCUCAGGGACUUCCUGCAGCGGGUGGAGGAGGAGGUGGUAGGAGAGCUGGUCUCGAACGCCAGGAGUCACGCCUUCGACGGUCACCAGGUCAACUGGGGCGACCACAGUCAGCUGGUGUCAUGUCUUCAUCUGCUCCAGCAUCCCGUGGCCCAGGAGAGAGGUCUCCAUGUGACCUGCGUGUCCUGGAGCUGCACCGGCUCCGUGGUGGCCUGUGGAUUCGGUCGGAUGGACGAUGACGGCUGGAGCAGUGAGAGCUCGUACGUGUGCACGUGGAAUCUGGAUCGUCGAGGUCUGAACCCCAACCAGGCGGAUCUGGUCCUGGAUGUUCCCUCUGGGGUCACGGCUCUGUGCUGUCACCCGGACCAGCCCGCCCUCAUGGCAGGCGGUCUGUACAGUGGCGAGGUGGUCGUGUGGGACACCAGUCGGACUCAGGACCUGGUUCUGGCUCUAACUGGGACGUCAGCAGAGAGCCACAGAGAACCAGUUUAUCAGGUGUCCUGGGUGCCGCUGCAGAAGAGGGGGGGGUUUGGCGUCCUCAGUGCCAGCUCAGGAGGACGCGUGCUGCUGUGGACGUUGGACUCGGACCAGGGACGCUUGGUCCUGGACGCCGCCUUCGCCUUGGUCCGUCAGCAGGUUCCUCAGGGAGUCAGCGUCAAGACUCGGGGGGGCAGCAGCACUGUGGGCGUCACCUCCCUGGCUCUCUCUCCCUGGGACCCGGACACCUUCCUGGUGGGCUCGGAGGGCGGCCUCCUGCUCCGGUGCUCCUUCUCCUCCACGACGCCGGCCGCCGUGACCUCCGAGGGUCAGAGCGUGACCCCGAGGGCGCCGGCCGUCUUCUCCUUCCGGCCCGGCAGCGGCCCGGUCCACUCCAUCCACUGCUCCCCCUUCCACAGGAACCUGUUUGCGAGCGCGGGGACGGACGGCCUGGUCCACGUCCACUCGCUGCUGCAGGUCGACCCGCUGCUGUCCCUCAGGGUCUCCGACUCCUACGUGUUCCAGGUGCAGUGGUCUCCCUCCCGCCCCCUGGUGGUCGCCGCAGCCACAGGACAAGGGAAGCUGCAGAUCUUUGACCUCGGACGCAGAUCUCUCCGAGCAGCAGCCACCAUCGAGCAGGGGGGGGCCGGACACGCUGCCACCAGCCUGUCCUUCAACGCUCACAACCCCCACCUGCUGGCCGUGGGCAGUACUGACGGGUCGCUCGGCGUCUGGCAGCUGAGCGCCGACCUGUCGGAGCAGCGCCCGAGGGAGAGCAGCCAGCUGGAGCAGAUAGCCAAUCAGGUGGCAGAAUGAGUCGAGUGCUGGAGUGAAAGAACGAAGCAGCGGACGCAGGUUUCCAGUUGUAACCAGGAGCGUUUAUUAAAGCACACUGCAGUUGAGAGGUUGUUGUUAUAUUAUUCUUAUUAUUAGGUUCAAUUCAUCGAAGCUAAAACAAUCAGAAGCAGACGAGGGAUGAAGCACGACGUGAGAGAUAAAUACAGACAGACGCUUGUUAUCAGUGAGGAAUCCUCGGGCCACAAUCAUGCAGUUUCAGCUGUGUGUUGGUGUUGAAGCGUGUGUGUGUGUGUGUGUGUUUGGGAAAACGCGUCCCGAUUGGUCAC